GCAGCCCGAUAGCGAUGCCGAGAGUCGGUAAAGAGGAUUCUGAGUCCGAUUCCCGCAAAAUCUCUCCAUGAAAGGUUCAGAGUGCUCUGUCUCGGAUAUGGCCACAAUCUUCGAUCGAAUGGUGGUCAACGAUAGCCCAGCCGUCAAGAAGCUGCUGCUGGAUGGCCAUGUGUUUAUUGUUCCGCCCCAUUCCCGAUUCCUGAUGUCGGACAUAUCCAACACGAGCCCGCUUGUCUCAGACCAGUACGAUAUCGUCAUGAUGGACCCACCCUGGCUCAACAAAAGCGUCAAGAGAUCCCAGCGCUACCAGGGCAUGGAUCACUACGACCUGUUUCAGCUCCCUGUCAAAAGGAUUGCAAACCCCGGAGCCUUGAUUGCUGUCUGGGUGACGAACAGACCAAAGCUCAUUCGAUUCGUGCAAGAGAAGCUGCUGCCUGACUGGGGCGCUACUCCGGUUGCAUGCUGGUACUGGGUCAAGGUCACCAAUUCCUGCGAGUGCGUCGUCAGCAUGGAAAGUCUUCACCGCAAGCCCUAUGAGCGUUUGAUCAUAGGACGGGUGCGUGGAUCAGACGCCGCAAUCGACUAUCCCGCUCUUCCACCUACCAGGGUCAUCUGCAGCGUACCCGGACAAUACCACUCAAAGAAGCCCUUGAUGAAUGAUUUGUUCCACCAAUUCCUCCCCGAGUCACCUCGGUGUCUGGAGCUCUUUGCCCGCAAUCUCUAUCCGGGAUGGACCUCGUGGGGCAACCAGGUCCUGCAUUUCAACCACGAGUCGUUCUUCCUGGACAAAGAUUUGGUGUGAUUCGACGGUGCCAUCCGGAAAGAGUGGAUCGAGUGGGCGGUAUUGCACGCACAAGAAUCUCCGCAAAGACAAAAUCCUUGACAAUCAAUGCCCAAGGGCUUAUUCCGCAAGCGACUGCGGAUAUGUGCGCGACCAACUCAUCGCCACCGCUGCCAUUGUCGGUCUGGAAUCGGCAAUCUUGUAUUAGGGUGGUUUGGU